UGGGGGACGACGCGUGCGCUCCGUUUCCGGUGCAUCGGGUAAGGCGGCUGCCACAGGCUUUGCAGCUAAGGUGAAGUGCCCGCGGUUGGCCCCGGCAGCAUGAAGCCCAGGCCUGCGGUGUUCAUAGACGGGAAGCUGAAGCAGCGGGUCAUUCAGUACCUCACCAGCAAUAGAUGUGGCAAAUACGUGGACACUGGGAUCUUAGCGUCUGAUUUGCAAAAAAUGUACAGUGUAGAUUAUGGCCGAAGAAAAAGAAAUGCUUUUAGGAUUCAAGUAGAAAAAGUAUUUAGCAUCAUUUGUAGUGAGAAAGAACUUAAGAAUAUUAAAGAAUUAGAGGACAAACAUCUGGCAAAAAGAGCAAGACAAGAUGAAGAAGAUGAGUACACUGAAAGCUAUUCUGAUGAUGAUUCAGACAUGGAAGAUUACCCAGACCCACAGUCAGCAAAUCACAUGAACAACUCCCUGCUGUCUUUGUAUCGGAAAGGAAACUCUGACUCUGUUUCAAACACUCCGAAGUUGGACCAAGGAGAAGCCACCACUUCAACACCAUUGCUGACUUCUAAAACGAGCAUCAUGCCAUUGAAGACCCCUGCUAGAGAAUCUGAGGGAGGAUGGUUUAUUGACAAAACCCCAGGUGGAAAGAAAGACAGUCAUCUCUUGGACCUAUCAGAUGACCAAAGCAACUUAAAGCCAGAUUCUGAGAUACAGAAUUUAAAAGGUUCUCUUCUGGAAAGUGAUAAGAAAAGGAAAGGUAGGCCAAAGGGCAAAGGAAACAAAAGAAAGACAGCGGAUCUUCAGGAAGUAGAUGGAGAAAUAGAAACUAUUCUGCAAAAGAAAGCUAAAGCAAGGAGUGUAGAGUUGCAGAUUUCCAGUGUGAAGUUUGAAGAUGUUGGAGGCAAUGACGCAACAUUAAAAGAAGUCUGCAAAAUGCUGAUACACAUGCGUCACCCAGAGGUAUACCAGCACCUUGGUGUCGUACCUCCUCGUGGAGUUCUCUUGCAUGGGCCACCAGGCUGUGGGAAGACAUUACUUGCGCAUGCCAUUGCUGGGGAACUUGACUUGCCAAUUCUGAAAGUGGCCGCACCAGAGAUUGUGUCAGGAGUUUCUGGAGAAUCUGAGCAAAAGCUCAGAGAUUUAUUUGACCAAGCUGUGUCAAACGCACCCUGUAUUGUUUUCAUUGAUGAAAUUGAUGCUAUUACCCCCAAAAGAGAAGUUGCUUCAAAAGAUAUGGAACGAAGAAUUGUAGCCCAGCUUCUAACCUGCAUGGAUGAUCUGAAUAACGUGGCGGCUACAGCUCGAGUUCUAGUAGUUGGAGCUACUAACCGACCAGACUCUUUGGAUCCUGCUUUAAGACGUGCAGGAAGAUUUGACCGAGAAGUAUGCCUGGGUAUCCCAGAUGAGGCUUCCAGAGAAAGAAUACUUCAAACUUUGUGCCGAAAACUGCGACUUCCAGAAACUUUCAAUUUUUGUCACUUAGCACAUCUAACACCGGGCUUUGUCGGUGCUGAUCUGAUGGCACUUUGCCGAGAGGCAGCCAUGUGUGCAGUCAAUAGGGUUUUGAUGAAUCAGCAGGAGCAGCAGAGUCCUGAGAUGGAAGGGUUGCCCCCUAAAGGAGCCCAGGAGGAGAGGCGGGGGGCUGACCCCACUUCUGAAACACAGGAUGAAUUGCAAAGGCUGUUGAGGUUGCUAAGAGACCAAGAUCCCCUCUCACAGGAACAGAUGCAAGGACUGUGCAUUGAAUUAAAUGAUUUUAUUGUUGCUCUAGCGGAAGUCCAGCCUUCUGCCAAAAGGGAAGGCUUUGUAACUGUCCCUAAUGUGACAUGGGCUGAUAUUGGCGCCCUGGAAGAUGUUAGAGAAGAGCUCAUUAUGGCAAUAUUGGCACCAGUUCGCAACCCAGACCAGUUCAGAACGCUUGGUUUGGUGACUCCAGCUGGCAUCCUCCUAGCUGGUCCUCCUGGAUGUGGGAAAACUCUGCUAGCAAAGGCUGUGGCAAAUGAGUCUGGACUAAAUUUUAUAUCCGUCAAAGGCCCUGAGUUAUUAAAUAUGUAUGUUGGUGAGAGCGAGCGUGCGGUGCGACAGGUUUUUCAGCGAGCCAAGAACUCAGCACCCUGUGUGAUAUUUUUUGAUGAAGUGGAUGCUUUAUGUCCUCGAAGAUCAGACCGAGAAACAGGUGCUAGUGUCCGUGUGGUGAAUCAGCUGCUUACAGAGAUGGAUGGAUUGGAAACACGCCAGCAAGUUUUUAUUUUGGCUGCCACUAAUAGGCCAGAUAUCAUUGACCCCGCCAUUCUACGCCCAGGCCGGCUGGACAAAACGCUCUUUGUAGGUUUGCCACCCCCAGCAGAUCGUGUUGCCAUAUUAAAGACUAUCACAAAAAAUGGCACCAAACCUCCACUGGAUGAAGAUGUAAAUUUGGAAGCAAUUGCCAAUGACCUUCGUUGCAAUUGCUAUACGGGUGCAGACCUCUCUGCUUUGGUACGAGAAGCUUCUCUCUGUGCCCUGAGACAAGAGAUGACCGGACAGAGGAGUGCGAUUGGAACAGGUGAGCUCAAGGUCAGCCAUAAGCAUUUUGAAGAAGCUUUCAGGAAAGUAAAGCCAUCUAUAUCUGUAAAGGAUCAAAUGAUGUAUGAAGCUCUGCAGAGGUCCCUCAGUCAGUGACGUUUGCAGUACCUGGCAUAGAGGUCUCCAGUCAUGCAACUCACCAAGAACCACCCUUACUCUAAGGGUCUGUUCUCAGCCUGACACAGAUGACUUCAUUGUAAGCAUUUUAUUUUCAAAUUAUUGAGACCCAACUGGAGGAGAUGAUGUUUCCCAUCUGACCAACUUUGUGGAAAAACUACCUACCUCUUCAUUAAGAAAAAGAAAGAAAAGGGGACUGAUAAAGCCUUUUUCAAAUAAAAUUUUAUUUUGAAAUAUCUUGAUCAUAUGUAAAGUUACAAAAAACUUUUCCUGAGAAGUGGUCACCUCACUCCUCAUCACCCCAGAUACACAUUCAUGUAGGUUUUCUGUAAACCAGGAUAUUUUCCUAUAUAACCAACUGGUCAAGAACACUGACACAUUGCUACUAUUAUCUAGUUCCAGCCGUCUUUCUCAGCUGCUCUCAUGUCAUUCCUAGGACAAGGGUCUAAAUUAGCUAUUCCAGUGUGUUAAGUCUUCUAGUUCCCUUACAUAGUUUCCAACAGUGUCUUUCUUCUUAUUGGGUUUUGGUUUGGAAACAGUUUGUAUGUAUCCUUGACUUGCCUGAAAUUUAUAUUUAGCAUAGGCUGGCCUCCGCCUCCUAAGUGUUCUGUGUGCCCCCAAAGUCUUUUGGAGUUCAUAGGUCAGUGAUUGGGUUCACUUAGUUUGCACCUUUUUGAAGAUAGAGUAAUAAACUGCACUGUCUUGGGUGGUAAUGUAAUUUCAGUGUCACUUACAUCACUCUGGUCACCUGAUUCAAGUGCUUCUGAUAGGCUUCUUUUGUAGGGAGGUGUUUUCACCUCUCACACAUGCAUUCCACCCUCACAAGAUUCAGAGUAUAAUUUUUUUUAAUUUACCAUUCAUUUUCAUGAUUUGAUUUUCAGAUUGUCUCAGACUGUGUCUUUAGUGGAUUUCUAAGAUGUUUUGUAAAUGAUUUUGUAUCAUGAUUAUUUCAUCAAACCAUUUAAUUGUUGCUGUCUAAAACAGGUCUAAUUACUUCAUUUUCUUCCUAAGUUUUUAUUCUAUCUCAUUGUACAAAGUCUUUGAGAUUACUUUUAAGAAUGUUAUUGAUGGGGCUGGAGAAAUGACUUAGUAAUUAAGAGUACAUAGUGCCCUUUUAGAGGACCACGUGUGAUUCCCAGCUCUUACAUAAGCAGCUCAAAACUGCCUGUACUCCCAGCUCCAGGAGAUCCUACACCUCCGGCUUCCAUAGGCACCUGUGCUCGCGUACAUGCAAACUCCCCCCCAACACACACUUUUUAAAAAUAUAUAUAUAUUU